GGCACACGACGUGAUAAAAACGUAAACAAAUAGGGGGGGGCCACGAUUAAGAAUAUCGCUGUCAUUAUCUAUAAAGAAAAUACAGACAGUUAAAAACGUAUAUAUUGAAAUAUUGUUCUAAUCAGUAACGGUAAUGUUUGCAAACAGCAAUCUGUUUAAAACACCCUCUCUUUUGUUUUGGAGGCUGAAUGGAGCGGACAGACUGGUUGUUAUUCGACCCAACCAGCCCGCCUGCCAAUGUGCAGGUCCGUCCACGCAGGGGUUCAAGCCUCUGAAAGGGAUUACUCUCCGUAACCGUGCCGACCAGCUUCCCCCUCUCGCCUGCAGAUGAGUUACAUAACCGCGUUAUAGUGCAUUCCUGCAGUAAGUAAACGACAUCUUCAGCGCACUGUCGACGUGGGGAAGUUAGUGAACACGCCUGAUAAAGAAAAUCUCCUAUCGGGCCGUGUCGUCAGAGGAGCAGAUCCUCACGUGGUCCCGCUGCCACUGAGCAGAACACACUGCUCGUUUUCUCCCUCCUCCUCUUCCUCGUCUUUCUGCACGGGUUAAACAAUCCGAAGCUGGGGCGAAGGCGCACCCUCUUUCGGCUGCGCAUUUUGGGAAAAGCACGUCUCUCGGGGUCCGUUUCUCGGUGGAGCAUCCGGGGAGGUUUUUAAUGGGAAGAAUCCGGCUUUUCUCUUGCUAAGUACUCCGCCUACCACACACACACACACACGCUCAUCCAGAGAUGGUGCUUCAAAGGAUCCUUCGUGCUGUCAUUAUGGGACCUCCGGGGUCCGGGAAGGGAACCAUGUCCGCACGCAUAUCCAAAACUUUUGGACUGAAACACAUUUCUAGUGGGGACAUUUUGAGAGCCAACAUCGAAGCCCAAACCGAACUCGGCCUCCUGAUGAAGUCCUCUAUCGAUCAGGGUCAGCUGGUACCCGAUGACGUCAUGUCUCGUCUCAUGCUGAGAGACCUGAGAGCCAUGGACCACAGCAGCUGGCUGAUUGACGGCUUCCCCCGUACGGUGUCCCAGGCAGAAGCUCUGGACGACGCCUUCACUGUGGACACGGUCAUCAACCUCAAUGUACCGUUCCAGACCAUCAAACAGAGGCUGUCCUCACGCUGGACUCACCUUUCCAGCGGCAGAGUCUACAACGUCGACUUCAACCCCCCUAAAGUCCCUGGUUUGGACGAUGCGACGGGCGAGCCUCUGGUCCAGCGGGAGGACGACACACCAGAGACGGUCACGCGGAGACUGAAGGCCUAUCAAAACCAGACGGAGCCCGUCUUAGAGUACUACAGGAGUAAAGGCAUACUAGAGAUCUUCACUGGCACAGAAACCAACCAGAUCUGGCCGCACGUGGAGGCUUUCCUCCACAGAAAAGUCUCCCUCGUCCAACAGAAAGCUGCAUAGGGGGCCUGGACGGAAAGGGGGCCAGAAGGGGUUUGAAACCCACCCCGUCGCAUCGGGAGCCACCUUCUGUGAGAGGAGAGCAGCGCGGCCGGGGUAGUGAUGCGUCCUGAACGCUCACCAGGAGGACCAAGUACGAGUGUAAUUGUUGUCGGAGGAAAAAGCCACCGUUGCACUGUUUUCCAAAAUGUCGCUGGCAUUAAGUGUGGGGAAAUACUCUGGUGUGCGUACAAUCUUUCACACAUUAACUCGUUUAGAGUUUAUUAAAAAAAAAAAAAAGUGCCUUAAAGCCAGGAGACUUCACCGAAUCAAAUAUCAAGGUAUCUAACCAUAGAAGAGAUAUUUUUAAUUUUUGUAGCUGCAAUUAUGAUUUAUUUUUUAAUUAGACAGAAUAUGAAAGGGAAUCGACCCAAGUUGUACAAAUUACUGAAAGUUCACUUUUGCACUUUUAAGGGCUUUUAACUGCUUCUAAAAAGGUAACCGAUAGCUCAGUGAAUGUAGUUUGUAGAUACUUUUGAUGAAUGUGGACCUCAGAUUGAAUAAUGUGUAAACCACACUUAAAUGAAAUAGUUUUACAUAUUUUAAUCAAACCAUCAUUGUGUAACAGCUUCUUUUAAUCACGUUCAAGUCUUACUCGCGUUGCCUCUGAAAUGCAAAGUUUCCAUUUCAACCAGUUGCUCCCUGUGAUUACAAUGUAAUAUAAAUGUGUACUGAUAUUUAAUUAAUGUGACUUGACCAUUAAAAAAAAAAAGUACUAACUCAUAACAUUCUAAGCACAUCUGGUACAAGGUUGUCUUAUUGUUUGAAGCCUUCAGAAAGUUGAGUUCUGUGUUUUUCUGCACUUGAGUCUUAAGAAUGUUUCACUGAGUUAAAAGCCACAGAAAUGCCUUUUAAAUAUACUCUAAUGACUCCGGAAUUGUACGGUGUGUAUUUCUUAAAUACUUGAAUACAAUAUUCAAAAAGCACAUCUCUUCAUAGCCAACCGUAUCAUGAGUAUUUAUUCAUAGGCACAGUAAACUUCUGAUACUAACUGUAUGUGUUGUGUUAUUGUUCAGAUUAACACAAGUCAUUUCCCACUCAUUGAUUUUAAUACAUCGUGUCCUAAAACAGACACUUGAAAGACUCCCGCUCCACUGAUUGUGCAUUGUUUUUACAACAUGUGAUAAAGAGAAUCAUGAACAAUG